GUUUAAGGUUCACCUCGCAUAUCAGCCUCUGCAUGAACUCCUUUGUUUGUAGCCACAAGUCAUGCUGAAAAAUAAGGAUUUGGAAUUGCAUAAGGUCAGAUAAAACAUCAGUGAAGUUCAGGAAUUAUGUCUACUCCCACCAAAGAUGACAUUUUUGCAUAUGCCCUUUCCAAGACCUUGACCAAAGUUUCAUCACCUGUAACUGUGGGACUCUACUCUUCAUGUCAGAGUCGAAUCAAAAGGAUUCUUGGGAAAAUGGAAGUUUACAUGAAGAAUGAAUCUCGGAGGAUUGACGAGGAAUACAAAGGGAAAUCCCGACCCCGCCCAGUUAAGCCUUCACUCUCUGACAUGUUGGCGCUAAUAUGGCGACUGUUAUUCCACAAGCCCAUUUGGACCACAGAGAAUCAGGACCAUCAUAAUGUCCGCUUCAUUUAUGUGAACUUCAGUGCCUGGCACUUCGCAGGAAGUGACCUGCUGUGGGCAGGGUUGGCCAUACGACUCUUUCAAGCUAUGCAAAUUAAUUUUGGAAAGUUACAGUUAGUGUUAUACCGAAUGGCUCAACACAAUGAAGAGGAAGAAAUCAAAAAAAAGAUAGUGGUGGAGGGUCCCCAUCAUUGGAGGUCAAAAACGAUUUGUUGCUGCCCUCUGUGGCUUCUCAUCCUGCUCAGUCUCAUGGUACCAGUCAUCAUCCUGAUAUUCUUGUUGACCUUUGAGCUUCCCAAACAUGUGGGUAAACCACCUAUAAAGGUUAAUGGUACAACAAGCCAUGUCAGUGUCCUGGAAGGCCUGGUCAUCGCUUCAUUUGGAGUCCCAGCCGCCAAUGCUCUGAGGUUCAUCUUCCUGUUGGGCAAGAACCUCAUCUUCAACGAGGAACUCAACAUCAAGAGAGGCAUGGACAACGAGCGUGUCAGCAGCAAGUUGGGCUUCAUGAGCGAAGUGAGAAAGGAGAUGUGGUUCCUUUCUCGCUUUGUUGAGUUCAUGGAGGUGUUUGAAUGCCGAAGAAUCCGAGUGGUGCUCAGGAUCACAAAUCUAGACCGCUGCUCCCCACGAAAAAUUGUAGCCGUUUUAGAUGCUAUCAACAUUUUACUGUCAGAUGAGGAAAGUCCAUUUAUUUCAAUUCUGGCCAUAGACCCAGAAAUUAUCGUACAGAAGGUCAACUUUGCAGAUGGCUGCUUCUGCAAAGAAGACCGAGCUUAUGCGCUGUUAAACCGCAUUGUUACUCUGGCCUUCACUGUCCCACCGCUUUGUGAUGAUUCAAAGCUCACUAUAUUUCACAACUUGGCCAGCAGCCCAAAAAAUCUCCAGGGCAGAAAGAUGAGCGAAGAUAAAUAUCAAAGUGGAGGCUUAAAAAGUACCUCCUUAUCAGAUAUAUCAGGAGUGGAGGUCUUAUCAGGAACAAAAGAAGCAUAUCCACUGAUUGACAAUGGUGUUGCACUACAUGUAACUGAGGCAGAUAUCGAACAUUGGGUCAAAAGUACCCUUGGGAGUAAUGAAAGAAAGUUAAAUAAGUACAUCUUAGAUGACGCCAUGUCCAUGAGGAGAGUGGUAAACUCCAUUCGAGUGACUGUCAUCAUCAUGAAGGCCUUAAAGACAGAGCUCCCUCAACCUGACCUCAUCGCAGCCUGGGUGGUCCUGGCCAAUCAGUGGCCGUGUAGACUCAGCUGGAUUAUCCAGUGCGUGGAAGAUGCUCUACAGAGAGCCGAAAUUGAUCAUAACGAGCCUGUUGCAGACCAUUCCAAAAACCUAUGGGAGGUUUUUAGCGAGUCCAGAGCAGAGCUUUAUGUGAUGCGUGCGCAGAUUGAAGACCUCCUUGACCAAGAUGGAGACCCUGAGAUGUUUGAGAGAUUCCUCAAGGUGGAUUUCCAGUUCACCAUAGAGGAUCUGAAGGCAUUCAAUGUGGUGACGGUGAACCUGAAUCACUCAUUUAAGAAAGAAUUGGCUCAGAUUCGAGGAACAUCCAGACUGAAAGACUCCGGUUGGAUGAGGACCUUUGCUCCUUUGCCAAUCACUGCUAUAAUCAAUAUGGACUCCGAAGAUUUAUGUAAAGAGCUGGAGAAGAUGGAAUAUCCCAGAAAGUAUGCAGAUAUUGUAAAGAGCAAUCGUAUCAGUGGCUCAGCACUCGUAUUCGGUGACCCAGAUGACAUCAAAAAAUUGCUGAACAUGACCUUUGGUGAAUGGACGACUUUCAGACUUCGCUUCCUGGGGUUACCCCUACAUCUUCAACCGCAACACAAGAAUGUGCAUCCGACUCACAAGCAGCUGUCAAGACAUCCCCGACAAGAUAUACACCCCCAUUUGGCAACAAGCGCUAUUUAAGAAACCAUCGGAUACACUAAUUCCCCCAAAUGUUGCUCAGCAUUUAUCUCAUUGAACAAUACAGUGUGCAUAAACAUGGGAAGAGUAAUUACACAAUUUCUCAGCAUUAUUUAAAAGAACCAAUUUGGGUUGGGUAUUUAUUUUUUUUUAUAUGUCAUCACACUUUGUGCCAUCUGUUAACACGCAAAUGAGGUUAAAAAGACUUUCAGAGUUUCAUGGUUGUGGAAGACAUCUGCGAUGUGUGUAGUUUAUCAUUUGAUGUGAACUAUGAUCAGUUCAGUCUUACCAACUGUUCAGUAUACAUAUUGUAUCUUUUAUUUGCCAAAUUCAAAGUGUUUUUGUGUGUUAUCUGCAAUAAGGCCUCACAUGCAUGUCACAGCCUAAACCUGCGCUGACAGAAGGUAUUGGAUAUUUCGUAGACUUAAUAGACCUUAUGUAUAUUGACUGAUGAACAGAAA